AUGGCUAGAAAAAAGUCCGCUGCUAAGAAAGCAAAAGAGGCGGCUCUUCGUGCAGAAUCAGAAAAUGCAUCGACUGAAGAAGUGGCCAAGCCCCAAGAAUUCUCAAAAAAAGAAGAUUACCAGAUCGAAAGCGAGGAUGAUGAGUCCUCAUCCACAUCUGAGGAAGAGGAUGAAUAUGGGGAAUUAUUGACUGAGAAUGUGGAGAGUUCAAUUCAAAAGGUCUUAAGUAUGCUUAAAAGUGACCCAAAGAAGCUUUUGGAUCCUAAUGCGAAGUUCUUUGACGAAAACGAUGAGGAGGUUUCCAAGAAGUCCAAAGAUAAGCCUUUGUAUUUGAAAGACUACCACCGUCAAGCUUUGUUGCUGGGGGACUAUAAGAAAGACGAAAACGAAUUUGACACUGUGGAUGGCGAGAAGCCUUUUGUUGUCACCGAAAGAGAAGAAAGAAACAGAUUACUUGACGAUAUCAAGAAUGCCUUCGAUGGAGAAGAGGCCGAGGACGACGAUGAGUUUUUGAAGAAGAAGGAAAAGUCUGAGGCUGCUGAAUCUGAUCCCGCCUCAGAACUACCUGAUCCUACCAAGAAUGCUGAAGGUUUUUUGAGCGCCUUCCUCGAUAGAAAAGCGUGGGUGCCAAAAGUAAACGAUAAAGUCAUUGAUUUGGAUAAGAUCGAUAAUGACGAUGAACAAGAAUUUGAUGAUGCCGUUGAGGACUUUGAGAGAGCCUACAACUUUCGUUACGAGGACCCCAACUCUGCCGAAAUUGUAUCGUACGCUCGUAAUCAAGCUACCGUGAGAAGGGCCAAGACUAAUGCUAGGAAGAAGGAGAGAGAAAGAAAGCAUGCUGAAAAAGAAAAAGAGAAGGCUGAAAGAGAGAAGGCCUUGCAAAAGAAGAAGACCGAGAAGUUGAACAAGGUUGCAGAUAGACUCAAGAAAAUCAAGGAUGCCGUUGGUGAUGAUGUUAGCAACGAGGCCAUUGAGAAAGUUUUUGGAGAAUCUUUGUUGAACGAUGACUUCGACGAUGCUGAUUGGGACAACAAGAUGGCGCAGGUGUUUGAUGCACAAUAUUAUGGUGCUGAAAUAACUAAACAAGAAUGGGACGAAGAUGACGAGAUUAUGGGUGAAUUCCACGCUGCUAAGGCCGCUGAUGGCGGUGAUGCUGAAUAUUCUGACAUUGUUAGAGAGGAUGAUGAGCCCGAGACUGAGAAUGGUGACGUCGAAGCUGUAGGAGAAAAAAAGUCUUCGAAAAAGGCCAAAUUGAAGGAGAAAAAAGAAGCGAAAAAGCAACUGCGGAACAUAAGGGAAGAGGCUGCCAAGAUUGUCGAGGCCAACAAACUCAAAAUCUUAGAUGAGGUCGAAGAAGAAAGAGGACGUUCAAAGGAAAAAGAAGAGAUCAAGUUCAAGUAUAGGGAAGUGUCGCCGGAGACUUUCGGACUAUCUACAAGAGAAAUUCUUCUAGCCGAUGAUCUGGACUUGAACAAAUUCGUCAGCAUUAAGAAGUUUGCUCCUUACAGGCCUAAGGAGCUCGCAUUGAAGGAUAAAAGAAAGUUUGCUAAGAAGAAACAUCUACAGCAGUGGAGGAAAGAUGUUUUCCAGAGCAAAGAAGGCCCUUCAAGACAGCCUGGUGAGGCCGAAAAUGAGAUAUGGAUUCCUCAAGAGGUAGAAGAGCGCCCUCGCAAGAAGAGUAAGAAGACUAAAAGAUGA